GCAUAUUGCCAGCUAGACAUCCCCUCGCUCUGCAAUGCUCUUCCGGGUACCAUUUCGCCGCAGAAUCAGACGCGAUUUAAGUACGGCGAACAGGUCUCCUUUGACUGCGAGACGGGUUACGCCUCAGUGGAGAACAACACGCUAUCCAGAACCGCCAUGACCUGUCGUACCGUGCCAACACAACAGCAGAGUGGUGUGUGGAUACCGGGACCGUGCCAGGCCUGCGUUGUCACUCGAUGCAACGAAACUGAAAUGCUCGAAAUGGUGCCGCGAUUCGCCAAACUGAACGGGGCACGUAGCAAGCUGACGGAGGAGCAGUAUGGCAUGCUGCAGGUGAGUCAAUUUAACCGAUUCGGCAACGUGGUCGCCUUCAAAUGCGACGAUGGCUACUUUUUCCAGGAUCGCACCUUCCAGAAGUUCAUCGAGUGCGCUCUGGCCGAGGGCGAUACCAAUCAGAGUGUAUGGACAGGCUACAGUGGUACUCUGCUGCCCCUCCCUACGACCUGUACACCAAAGGACAAAAUUCAGCCCACCUUCACGAUUACCUUUGCGAACGCAACAGGAUACACGACAACCAGACUUCAGCCACGUGAGUAUCCCUACCAGACUGUGAUCAGAUACGUCUGCCAAGAGGGUUACGAGACAAUAACAAAGGACGCCGAUCAGAACAUCACCUGUGCAGAGCUGGGAAAAUGGCGACCGCAGCCCACAAGCUGUCUCCACCUGGCAACUCUAAAACGGGAUAUCUGCUGGUUAUUCAACAACAUUCGUCUCCAAAAACGUCUGUGGCAGGCCAAACGCAGAAUCAGGGCUGCCAAGGAAGCGGCGAGAAAGGAUGAACAAGCAAACCAGAGUGAGGCGUUUGAGAAGACCGAGUGA